AUCACCCUGUAUAGUCUGGUGUCCGACUCAUGGCCUAGAUACCUGAACGGAUUAUUAAUAGGAAACACACAUCACAUGGGCGUUUAUGACGAGUGCAUCAGUGUGCACCAGCCUAUUCAAGGAAAAUAUUGUAUGUCAACAAUAGAACUUCAGACUUCAUCAAACGAAAACUUCACCCAGUACAGUAAAGAUGAGUACGCAAGUUUUGAUAACGCAUGGCAAGAAAUACUUGGGUUUAUCGAUUAUGGUGACCGGUAUAAAAGAAAUGUUAUCAAUCUUGGCGUCUGUAUACCAGAAGCGUGUACAUCCGCAGAUCUUGAAAUUUCAUUACAAAGAGAACUGGAUAGUAUAUUCCUGUCUCAUCAACUAAAAGCGCAAGUCAAAGUUAAACCGGAUUUAUGUAACACUAACAAGCAUUUUUUCCCUUACGACACAGGAUAUUAUGUAACUUGCGGUUUUUUUGGAUUGCUGAUUUUGAUUGUAUCAUUCUCGACGACUUACCAUUUAGUAGCCCUACGCAAUGGUCGUGAAAACCAACGGUCGCAAAAUUUGGAAGUACUAAAUAUGUUUUCGGUAGUAAAAAAUGGAAAUGAUCUUAUUAAACAUAAUAAGAACAAUGAGCUCAAUAUUUUUAAUGGUUUGGUGUCAAACGCAAUGAUUUUGCUCGUAAUAGCACAUGGAAUUCUAGUUGGUAUCAAUCAUCCGCGGUUGUACCCAAAGCCAUUUGAAGAGAUUGUUCAAAAUACCCACAACAAUAUCUUACUAACUUUGAAUAAUGGAAUUGACCUUUUUAUAUUUGUGUCUGGUUACUUAUUAUACAUGACAAAUAUUACCAAGUUCAGAAAUCCCGGAUGUAAUUGGUUUCAAAUCCCAAAGAUUAUUAUCUACAAAUAUCUCAAAUCUCUUCCGGUUCACGUCACAAUGUUACUUCUUACAAUAUUUAUUGUCCCUCAUAUGGGAGGUGGACCUUUUUGGGCAAACCAAAUGGGCGUGGAAGCAAACAAAUGUAAACAAUAUUGGUGGACUAAUCUAUUAGUUAUAAAUAAUUUUGUCGAUGGAGAAAAACAAUGUCUCUACGCCGGUUAUUUCAUUUCGUUACAACUACAGUUAAUGGUUAUUGGAAUUAUGGUCGUUUACAUUUAUGGAAAAAACCGCAAAAUCGGCAAUGUUAUAAUAGCCUUGCUGAUUACCGUAUCAUUAAUCAUUCCGUUUGCUAUAACUUACUACUCGAAAUCAGAAGGAAUUACCAAAUUCAAUAUAUCAUUUACGUUAAAUUGGUUUCAAUCGACUAGUCCAGACUCAUAUCAUUUCACGUACCUAUACAGCCGAUUCUAUGAACGGGGUUUACCAUUCUAUAUUGGACUGUUAGCUGGUGAUAUUGUCGAAGUUUUAAAAAAAAAACAAAUCAAAAUAUCCAAGACAACUACACUAAUAACUACUCUGGUUGCCUUUGGUCUUUACAUAUAUGUCCAAUUGUACAGUAAUGUAUUCUUUAAAAGACAUAGGGAUUACAAUGCAAUCGAGUCGUCUAUUUAUUCAAGCAUUAACCAUCUAAAUACGCCCUUAUUUUCCAUGUGGAUCGCUAUCUAUCACACUACCUCUAGUUAUGGCUUUCUAGAAAAAUUACUGAACAAUCGAAUCACUGGUAUAUUACACAAACUCUCAUACUCGCUAUACCAGGUCAAUCUUACCGUAAUACUAAUGAUACAUUUCUCUGUACGGGCAUCCGGAGAUCAUUCAUUCCACAUAGUCGUAAUGGAAUAUAUUUAUACAAUAUUCAUGGUGUAUAUAGCGGCUCUAAUAAUGCAUUUCCUUGUUGACGCGCCGUUUGGAUUAUUGAUAAACAGAGUUAUUUUGGGAAGAAGACCUAGCACAAAAUCAAAAGAUGAUUGACGACAAAACAAUUUUAAAAAAAGAUAUCAAAAUUACAUAAGCAAAAUUCAGAAAAAUUUGAAAGUUCAACCUAAUCAAUUGUGGAAAUUCAAUAAUGAUAUAAGCAAAAAAAAUGUCUUGCUUAAUAGUAUGCAUCUAUGCAAUGAAGAGUUUCAUACUCCUAAUGAUAGUAUUAAUGUUUUUGGUAAUGACAUCAAUUUAUACGAUUUUAACGACAUAUUUAGCGGCUCUAAUAAUGCAUUUCCUUGUUGACGCGCCUUUUGGUUUAUUGAUAAACAGAGUUUUUUUGGGAAGAAGAACUAGCACAAAAUCUAAAGACGAUUGAUACUAGGAAAAUUAAAAAAAUGAAACAAGCAAAAUUACAUGGCAAACUUAUAAAUAUACUAUACUAAAAAUAAACUUUCUUUACAUUUAUUUAAUGUUAUAACUUCAGUCGACAAGCGGAACUUCCAACAUCUGUGACGGAAAACCCAACCAAUGAUUGAUAGAAGAGAUCGGCUAACUAAUUCUUAGGAUAAACCGGCUCGAGGCUCGUGGCAUUUCUGUCGACCAAUUUUGAAUUAAUAGUAUUCUGUAAAACUGGGUUUUUUGUAUCGGUAGAAACAUUUAAACCAUCAAAAGCGAUUUCAUUGGAAAAUACUACAACCAGCAAAAUAAACGUUACCAACACACACGCUCGAAACAUUUUGAGUAUCUGUGUCAACUACACUGAGAUUUGCAAA